UCUGUGUGAAAGAUGGCUGGAAAUUCAAUCCUGCUGGCUGCUGUCUCUGUCCUCUCUGCCUGUCAGCAAAAUUAUUUUGCUUUGCAAGUCGGAAGGGCAAGACUGAAACACAAAGUGACACCCCCUGCGGUUACUGGGUCGCCAGAGUUUGAGAGAGUGUUUCGUGCACAACAAAACUGCGUGGAGUUUUAUCCUAUAUUCAUGAUUACAUUGUGGAUGGCUGGAUGGUAUUUCAACCAAGUUUUUGCAGCUUGUCUGGGUCUGGUGUACAUUUACGCCCGUCACCUAUACUUUUGGGGAUAUUCAGCAGCUGCUAAAAAAAGGGUCACCGGUUUCUACUUGAGUCUGGGGAUGUUGGCCUUGCUGACUGUCCUAGGAGCCCUGGGAGUUGCAAACAGCUUUCUGGAUGAAUACCUGGACCUCAAUGUCGCCAAGAAACUGAGGCGGCACUUCUAAUUUUUUCUCCUCCCUUUACUUUUGUAUUUGCAGAAGAUGUUCCCAUCCUGAAGGGACUAUGGUGUCAUUUGUUAAAUAAAAAAACACAUAAAGGUCUUUAGUCUGUUUUUCUUGAAA